AUGUCGUCUGCGAGGCCCCGCGCUAACUCCCGCAACGUUCAGACUAUGACUUUGCUGAAGACCGUCGUUUCAAUUGCCGUCGCUGCCUUUUGGGCAGGCCAAGUGGCCCAUGGAGCACCAACCCCACAGGUGCUUCCUGGAGGUGGUUCCGGAACUAUGUGUGGUGGAUUCGGGUGGUCAGGGCCGUCGACCUGUUCUGAAGGUUACACCUGUGUGUGGCUAAACGACUAUGUUAGCCUGUGCCUUCCCCGAGAAGGAGGACCAUAG